AGAGCGGUGGGGGACAUGGGCUCGUGCUGCAGCAGUUCCGAGUCUAUCGUAGAAGACCUUGGAGACCCCCACCACCCAUACCCCAAACACCAGCGCGUGUCCUCGCCACACUAUCCCAUGUCCCAAACAGACUUUAUGUCGAUAGACUUAAAGGCAUCCCCAGACAGCCAGCCGCAGCAGCUAGGCAAACUGACCAUGGCUGCAAAUGGCGCAGGGCAGGACAUUGAUGAGUCGCUGUACUCACGGCAGCUGUAUGUGUUGGGCCAUGAUGCCAUGCGGCGGAUGGCAUCCUCUGAUGUCCUCAUAUCAGGACUCGGAGGGCUGGGUGUUGAGAUUGCCAAGAAUGUUAUCCUUGGAGGAGUGAAAUCAGUGACUGUGCACGACACGAAGGAUGCUUCCAUGCGUGACCUGGGCAGCCAGUUCUUCCUGACGGAGAAGGACUUUGGGGUGAACAGGGCCAAGGCUUGUCAGGAACGACUGUUAGAGCUGAACCCUUACGUCCCAGUCUCUGCCUCCACCAGCCCUCUCUCUGAUGACUUCCUUAAGCACUUCAGGGUGGUGGUGCUGACAGACUCCACCAGGGAGGAGCAGCUGCGUGUGUCUGCCUUCUGCCACGCCCAUGACAUUGCUCUCAUCAUUGGCAGCACCAAUGGGCUCUUUGGUCAGAUAUUCUGUGAUUUUGGGGAGAACUUUGAGGUUGUGGAUACCAAUGGGGAGUCGCCAGUAUCUGCCAUGGUGGCCGGCAUCACUAAGGAGGUGUGUCCACUGGUGUUUUGUUUUUUGUUGCAAUAUCUUUAUUGGAUUUCGGUCACCAAGUCUCUUAAGAUUCUCAUGAUUUCUCUCACCAAAUCUUUAAGCUUGCCUCAUCUGACCAACGUACCCUACGACACUUACCUAAGUCCCAAUCUUUGUGCUGAGACACAAACUGCUUGCCUACUGUUAAGGCUUGUGUUGGGUCCCUUCACCUUCAGCAUCGGGGAUACCACCAAGUUCCGCUCUGACCAGCAGUGUACUGAGAAAUCCAUUCCUAUUUGCACCCUGAAGAACUUCCCCAAUGCCAUUGAACAUACUUUGCAGUGGGCCCGGGACAUGUUUGAGGGUGAGUUCCGCCAGGCGGCAGAGAACGCAGCCCAAUACCUUCAGGACUCCAAGUUCAUGGAGCGUGCCCUCAAGCUGCCGGGCUCCCAGCCUGUGGAGACCCUGGACAGUGUGAAGCGUGCCCUGGUGGAUGAUCGGCCACACACCUUUGAGGACUGCGUGCUGUGGGCCCGGAAGAGUUAUGCUGAACAGUUCAAUAACCAGAUAGUACAACUCCUUCACAACUUCCCCAAGGACCAAACCACUUCCAGCGGAGAACCAUUCUGGUCCGGCCCCAAGCGGUGUCCCCACAGCAUAAGGUUCAACUCCAACAAGGACCUGCACCUGGACUACGUGGUUGCCGCCGCCAACCUCAAGGCGGAGGUGUAUGGCAUCCCACAGGUGAGAGACCGCCAGGCCGUCAAGGACAUGGUGGACAAGAUUGAGAUCCCAGAGUUUGUUCCCAAGUCUGGUGUGAAGAUUGCAGUGACGGAUGCUGAGGCGGAGGCCCAGAGCAACCAGGUGGACAGUGAGCGGGUGUCCAACCUGCAGGCAGCCAUCCCCUCAGCCACAAGCUUUGGCUCCCUCAAGCUGAAGCCACUCGAGUUUGAGAAGGACGACGAUUCCAACUUCCACAUGGACUUCAUCGUUGCUGCCUCUAACCUGAGGGCAGAGAACUACGACAUUGCUCCUGCUGACCGCCACAAGAGCAAACUGAUCGCUGGCAAGAUCAUACCUGCCAUCGCCACCACCACCUCCCUCGUGUCCGGCUUGGUGUCCCUGGAGCUCCUCAAGUUGGUGCAAGGACAUCGCAAGCUGGAGCUGUUCAAGAAUGGUUUUGUAAACCUCGCGCUGCCAUUCUUUGGGUUCUCUGAGCCCAUCCAGGCCCCGACUAACAAGUAUUACGACAAGGAAUGGACUUUAUGGGACCGGUUUGAGGUUGAUGGAGAAAUGACUUUGGAGAACUUCAUCAAGUACUUUGAGGAGGAGCACCAGCUGGAAAUCACCAUGCUGAGCCAGGGCGUGUCCAUGCUGUACUCCUUCUUCAUGCCCCCUGCCAAGAGGAAUGAGAGGAUGGCCCUACCGAUGUCUGAGGUGGUGAAGAAGGUGAGCAAAAAGAAGAUUGAGCCACAUGUACGGGCGCUGGUGUUGGAGCUCUGUGCAAAUGACAAAGACGGAGAGGAUGUGGAGGUGCCGUAUGUGAAGUAUAACCUGCCCCAGUAGAUGUGAGUCAGCAGACACGGAUGGGGACAGAGAUGGAGACAGACCACCACGACAACUUGUAUUGGUGAAAAUGAUGCCGUUGGGAGCCGGCAUCCAUGGGCAGCGUCACUUCUGGCUCUCCCUGAACAACAGUAAAGUCUCUUACAUUCUCUUCCGUGACUGUUGACUGUGGAAGACUGAAUCUGAUGACUGUCUCACUUUGCACAUGAACAGGUUAAUUAAGGCAGGUUUGUGAAGGAUUUCCAAACUCUUGUAAAAACAAUUAUAUGUAAAGAGCUUGUGACUAUAAGAGCUUGUAGUAUAUGGCACAGCAUACUGAAAGACAAGGUAUGUGAUGGAUUCAACACUUCAUCAGUACAGAAUCUUGUGAAAAUGUACUUGCAAGAUGUCUAUUAUCUCAAAAUUGAGAUUGUUUACUUUAAGAAAUAACUUAACUUUUGUUUAUAAGUAUGAGGACAUUGUAAUCUGCUGUUUAGUUCACUUUGGAGUAAUGUGAAGGCAGACUUAAGUAAGGAAAGCAGGAAUCACAUAGUAUCCUCAAGAUGUGAAUCAGUAUCAUCAUCAGCAGCAGCAUUCUAUAGGAGUGAUGCCACAGAAAGGAGGAGCAUCAGGCAUUUUCAGUGGUGACAUGAACCAGGCAAGUGUGUUUGCCUCACAGACAGCCACACAUCUUGCUCACCUGGCUUUAUACCUGUAAAAGUACUCAAGGCCUGAAAGGAGAAUUCUAUACUAGAAUACUACAGGAAUUGUGAGAUCCUUAAAGAUAAAACUACAAAUAAAGAUUGGUAGUAUACAAGAAUAUCAAUUACAAGGCAGAAUUAUUCUGAAGGAAACCAGAGGUAACUACAAUGUGACCUCAGUUGCGAUCGAAUUAUAGUUUAUAGUUAAUUGAAACUUAAUUUCUAGUGGAUCAGAGAUGUGUGUAUCCUGGAACAUUCAACACCACAACCUCUGAAGGAAACAGCAGAAAUAAGUUCCUUAAGAGAAGAUGAAUGAAACUGCAAGAAAGAGAUGAGUCCAAUACCUCUUCCAUCCCUGUGUAUUGCAGCUGCUAUUGAGUAUAAGCUUCACUGUAGAGAUGCCUUUUCCAGGCAAGGCAGGCCAUGAGAGAAAAAAAAGACUGCAUUAGGCCAAGGCAGCUCCUCUGAAAAAGGUCUCCAGUAAAGAUGAAGAAUGUUUAAUCAUCAGUUCAUGCCACUGCUGAAAAUGGCCAUGUUGUCACCCAAGAUAUUACUUAACAUCAAGAAAAAAAAACAAUGUAGCAGAAAGGAAGCAUACUAGGACUAGAAUAUUUUUUGCCUGGAAAAUUAAUGUACUUGCUCAUUUUGUUUCUAUUUUCUACUUUUUCUUUUUUUUCUUUCCACUGGAGUAGAAACAUUGAUGAAUACUUAUAACACAAGCAACCUGGUCAUGUGUGUGGCAGGCAGCUGAGUGAGUAAUGAGGAAAGUGGAAGGCAGCCUCUGUUCACCCCCACCCAUCACUUUGCAUACAGGUCAGGGGAGCAAGGCAGCAACCUCAUCCCCUGGCUGUCCUAGAAUUUGAGAUCGGUAUCUUGUAAGUGCUACAUUUUAAGUCAGAAGGAGUGGAUGGACACUUUCUAAGUAGUUCAGUGCAAGUGUUGAGUGAGUGUUUUAAUUUUUGUAUUGCUUCAUCUUUGCUUGGUACCCAUGAUGAUACAUAUUAAACUGUGAUUUAACA